CUCGAUUAACAAGAACACGUUAAAACGUUGUUGACAGAAGAACGCGAUUGAAUCCCCAACCAAGAACACGACGAUGAGUUCUGCUGAAAAUUAAAAAUCGAAAUAAAUCCGUUAGGAAGUUGUUGAAGUGGGUGGAACCCAACGAAGCAGAGAUGGAGGCUUUGCUGCAAUUCGCACCGAUGCAGAGCUCCGUUGAUGAGGGUUUCUGGCACCGUUUGUCUUCUUUGAAGCUCAACAAGCUUGGCAUUGACGAUUCUCCAAUUCCCUUAUUCGGUUUUUAUGCACCGUGCUCUCACUCUCAAGUAUCAAAUCAUUUAACUGUUUUAGCUGAGUCUUUACCUUCUGAAUUGAGUGAGGCAUCAUUAAUCCCUGAACCCAGCCGCGGCAACCGGAACAGGUGUUCUGUUCCAGGGAUACUUUACAACACUAAUACUGUGGAAAGCUUCCAUGCACUUGAUAAGAGUGACCUGUUGAAGAAAGAGGCAGCAAAGAUAUGGGAUGACAUUCUAACUGGAAAAGCUGUGGAGGACUGUUCAGUACUUUCAACAUUCCUUGUUAUUUCUUUUGCUGACUUGAAAAAGUGGACUUUCAACUACUGGUUUGCUUUCCCGGCUCUGAUGCUUGAUCCUCCUGCCACUGUGGUUAAUCUAAAGCCAGCUUCUCAGUGGUUCAGCGCAGCAGAGGCUGAAUCACUCUCUGCAGCUUGUAACGAGUGGCGUAGCUCAAAAUCAAAAACAGAUGUCCCGUUUUUUUUAGUCACUAUAGAUCCAAACUCACGUGCUACUGUUAGGCUUCUGAAGGACUGGGAAGCAUGUCAGAGCAAUGCUCACAAGAUCCUUUUUGGAUUUUAUGACCCAUGUCAUCUACCAAAUAAUCCUGGAUGGCCUCUUCGCAACUUCUUAGCACUUAUUUCUGCGAGGUGGAAUCUCAACUCUGUUCAAUUUUUCUGCUACAGAGAGAACCGUGGUUUUGCAGAUAUGAGGUUGUCCCUUGUUGGUGAAGCACUGAUAACAGUUCCACAAGGGUGGAAAGACACUGUGCCUAGUGCAGUUGGAUGGGAACUUAAUAAGGGGAGAAAAGCUCCUAGGUGUAUAAGCCUUGCGCAGUCCAUGGAUCCAACCAGGUUGGCCAUAUCUGCUGCAGAUUUGAAUUUAAAGCUGAUGAGGUGGCGUGCUUUGCCUUCUUUAAACUUGAAUGCCUUAUCUUCCAUGAAGUGUCUUCUCCUCGGAGCUGGAACACUUGGAUGCCAGGUUGCGCGCAUGCUUAUGGCAUGGGGUGUUCGAAAAAUUACUCUAGUUGACAAUGGAAGGGUGGCUAUGUCUAACCCAUUGAGGCAGUCUCUUUAUACUUUGGAUGACUGUCUUAAUGGUGGGGAAUUUAAAGCUACAGCAGCAGUUGAAAGUCUUAAACGGAUAUUUCCAGCAGUGGAAGCAGAAGGCAUUGUUAUGGCUAUACCAAUGCCUGGACAUCCAGUACAAAGCCAGGAACAGGACAGUGUGCUUGAUGAUUGUAAACGUUUGUGUGAUUUAAUUGAUGCUCAUGAUUCCGUUUUUUUAUUGACUGAUACAAGGGAAAGUCGAUGGCUCCCAACACUUCUCUGUGCCAAUACUAACAAGAUUACUGUUACUGCUGCAUUGGGGUUUGAUAGUUUCUUGGUUAUGCGCCAUGGAGCUGGUCCUUUAUCUGCGGAUAUGCCAGUAAAUAAUGCAAAUGGAAAACAUAGAUUGGGCUGUUAUUUCUGCAAUGAUGUCGUGGCACCAACCGAUUCAACAUCCAACCGCACUUUGGACCAGCAAUGUACUGUGACCCGACCAGGGCUAGCUCCUAUUGCUUCAGCCCUUGCAGUUGAACUUUUAGUAGGGAUUUUGCAUCAUCCUCAAGGGAUAUUUGCCGAAGGUGAUAUUAACAACAGUGUCACUGGAGCUACUGAGCAACCUCUUGGUAUUUUGCCUCAUCAGAUUCGUGGUUCCCUUUCUCAAUUUUCUCAAAUGACCCUUAUAGGUUACUCCUCCUCCAGCUGCACAGCCUGUAGUCAUACAGUUGUAUCAGAAUAUCGAAACCAAGGAAUGGAGUUCAUACUUCAAGCAAUUAAUUAUCCUACCUUCCUAGAGGAUGUCACUGGACUGACAGAGUUGAUGAAAUCGGCCACCUCGUUGUCAUUGGAUUGGGACAAGGAGAUAGACGAGGAGGAGGACUGUGUUGAAAUUCAAUAAUCAGUCAGUUAUACAUAAAACUAAUCUGUGCAAUUUAUAUGAUUUUUUUUUGCUUUUAGUACCGUACCUUAUCAAAUGUACAAAACUAAUUCCAUGUAAUUUAUAUUCUUUAUCAAUGUCAGCAAUUCGAGUUUAUUAUGCAUUUA